AUGCGGUGUGGCACCAAUAAUAGUCAGGAACGCAUGGUCUGUGAUGGUUCCAAAAACAUCUCACUAGAUUGUAAAGGUAAAGCUCUCCGAGAGGUCAAUUUUUCAUUCGUUGAGACAGUUCACAGUGUUCUCUGGGCAAAACUCACAAAUGUUCUAAGGUUUUGAAUCAUGAGCAAAGCUUUAAAAAGGCAAUCUUAAAAAGAGAAAAUAAUAUCAGAGUAAAAUGUAUUUAUUGCAUUUGUUUAAUUUAUACGAUGUCCAAAUACUGUAUGUUUUGAGAAGAAAAAAAAGAUGGUUGCGCCUUGUCUAAAGCAAUGUGCAUGAGAAAAAGCUAAGAAUAACUUUCUAUGAGUUUUUGAGAAUUAUUGCUCAAUGUGUUUCAGACGAAGUCAACGUAUCCCUGUUGAAAGAUGACCGAAGUGUCAGUCAUUGUUUUGGGUCAGUACACUUCAACCACUCUGGCACACUGGAGGCUGUGUGUUCUAAGGAUUGGGAUAAAAAUGAUGGACAAGUCGUGUGCCGAGAGUUGGGCUGUGGAGAGGUUGUGUCAGUCAGCUUUGGGAGUCAACCCCAGCAUGGUAGAAUGCAUGACCAAGUAGAUUGCAAAGGUUCUGAGGCUUCACUGUGGCACUGCCUGGCCAAUCACUUAGAGAGCUCAACCCCAUGCAAAACAGCCAACGUCAUCUGCUCAGGUACUAUACAUUACACAACACAGGAAACUCGAGAGCAGUAGGAUUGUUUUCAGUAUUGUUUAUAGAAUUACAACGAUAUGAAAAAUAUGUGGAAAACUAUUACCAGUGUUUUGAUCAUUUCAAAUGCCAUUUCUAAAGAAGUAGAUUUUUGGUUUAUAAUCUUCAAAAGGCAAUCGCACAUCUGAGUCAUCUUUGUUGCAGGUGCCAUGGUAACAGCCGAAUAAGAUGAGACAAAAUAAGAAAUCCGCACCCUGCUCUUGCUAGUAUCACUGCUCUUGCUAGUAUCACUGCUCUUGAUAAUAUCACUGCUCUUGAUAGUAUCACUGCUCUUGAUAGUAUCACUGCUCUUGAUAGUGUCGCUGCUCUUGAUAGUAUCACUGCUCUUGAUAGUAUCACUGCUCUUGAUAGUAUCACCGCUCUUGCUAGUAUCGCUGCUCUUACUAUUAUCACUGCUCUUUAUUAAGCUUUAUGUAGUGGCCUCAAGGCCCUCAAAGAGCAGUGAUACUAUCAAGAGCAGUGAUACUAUCAAGAGCAGUGACACAAUCAAGAGCAGUGUGCGGGUUUCUUCUUCUUUCUCAUUGGUUUAUAAUCUUCACAUUUUCUGCAUGUAUAAUGUGCUAAAUUGUAGGUUUAUUAAUACUUAGAAUAAUAUAAAUUGUUUUUCAUACUCUUUUCCCCUGACAUUGUUCUCCAGGUUGUGUGAAAGUGCGUUUGUCAGAUGGCCCUGGAAAGUGUGCUGGAAGAGUAGAGAUUCAGUAUGAAGGAAAGUGGAAGAGCGUCGGUGAAAGCAACUGGAAGGAGGAAAACUCAAAAGUGAUGUGCAAAGAACUGAAAUGUGGUGAUGCUGUGGCUGCUCCUGGUACUGAUUCCUUCAUUCAAGGAAAGAGUCCAGUAAUGGACAUUGAAGUGACCUGUGUUAGUGGCUCGACAUCUAUCUCUAGCUGUAUCAAGCCAACCAACAAACUGCAACAACAACUACAACAACAGGAGAAAAAUAAGAUGUUAAUCUGCCAAGGUAUCUGUCAUUUUCCUUCUCGUACACAUGAAAUAGAUACAACAAAUAUAUGCAUAUUAAACUUUACAGUUUGUCAUGUCAAGUUAGUUUACCCAAAUAGAACCAUUUGCUGCUUUAAUGCUGCAGUUGAAUAUGGUUUGUUUAGGAUUACAUGUGUUUUACUGAUGUGUGGACCCUUUCCCUGCCUUUCUUCUGAUUGUUUAGAGCGUCGGGUGGUGUUCCUGAUGGGGGACUCUGCCUGCUCUGGCAAGGUGGGCAUAGAGGAAGCUGGGAAGAGUUACUGGCUGUCUGGGUCCAACGACACUUGGGAUCGUCAAACUGCCACAGUGGUGUGUCAAGAGAUGGACUGUGGGAAUGCUAUCUCAAUUAACUUUGAAUCCACUAGCGUUGUUAAUGCUAGUGGAACCACUGAUUUGUGGAAAUACUCGUACAAAUGCCUGCCAACGAACAAAUCCCUUUUUCAUUGCGAGCGGAGUGAACGUCUGUCGAACCACAGUAUAGCCUCUGUCGUCUGCUCAGGUACACAGCAUUCUAUUGUCAAAACAUUGUACAUCCCGUUCCUCUCUCUCUCUCUCUAUUUCUAAUGAUUGAUUAUUUUAUUUUUCAAAGGAGAAUAACUGUAUAUGAUGAUACAGGUGAUGGAAAUAAUUUGAUAAUAAUUAUAAUAGUAGGUCUUCAUGGUGUUCCUCCUGAUAUCUCUGCUUUGCCCUGACAGGUAGUAAAACAGUAAGCCUGAAAGAUGACGCUGGAGGUGAGGGGAAAUGCUGGGGAAAGGUGGAUGUGUGCCUCAACGGAAUGUGUGGAGGUGUUUGUGAGGAUGCCUGGACGGAGCAUAAGUCCAACAUGUUGUGUAAAGCCUUCCAUUGUGGAUCAGCCAUCUAUCCUCUGUCCUACCUGAAGACAAAAUCACCGUCAGCUGAUUACAAAAUCAUUAUUGGCAGUGUGCACAGUACCCAGCAGACAACUAACAUCAGUCAGUGCAACAUGGUCAAAAUUGCUGAUGGGUCUUACUGUCAGAACAAGCCAGCCUAUGUUGUUUGCUCAGGUAAUAUCAUGUAGCAGUCCCUGUUUUCCAUUAAAUCCUUAUUUUUAUGUAAUAUUAUUCUCACAUUAUUUUGCUGAUGCAUGAUCAUUUUUCAUUUGAUGUGAUUAUUCCAAUGCAGGAAGUGUCAAGGCCAGGCUAAUGUAUCAUAGAGAUAGAUGCUCAGGCAACGUACAGAUGUUCUACCAAGGAAUCUGGCGCCCUGUCUGUGAGACUGCCCUCCAGAACCAAGAUGUCCAAAACACUAUCUGCAGAGAGCAGGGUUGUGGACACGCUGUCAAACCUCUCUCGUUCUUUGGCCCUUCACCUGCAAGCAGUGAUGCUGUUGUGUCAGGCCUCAGCUGUAGUGCAAACAGCAGUUCUUCGGCAGAGUGUGGAGUUACACUUACUCAGACCAACAACAAACUAUGUCCCUUCGGUGGUCUCCAAUGCUCUGGUAUUUUGUUCAUUUCUAUGCUUUUAACACCGGAGUCAAAAUGAGAGAAUAUAUUGUUUAAAGUGUAUAAUAAUAGCUAUAUAUUUUUUUAUAUUCCCAAUUUCCAUAUGAAAGUCAUUAUGUACACAAUAACUAGUUUGUCUUUUGUAAAAAGUAUAGUUUGGGGCCCUUGCAUUCUUAACACUGUAUUUGCCAUCCGAAUACGUAUUUGCCUGAGGGUUUCCUAAUUUAGCUGAUGUACUUACCCAGAGAGAUUUGAGGUAAGUGCCUUGCUCAAGGGUAAAUCCACAGAUUUUUCAACUAGUUGGUUCAGGGAUUUGAACCAGCAACCUUUCAGUUACUGGCCCAACGCUCUUAACUGCUAGGUUACCUGCUGCACGUUCGUUGCUGUGUGUUUAACUUGGUCUAACCUUCACUGUGCCUUGUGUUAUUUCACAGAAUGGAGGAGAAUGGUGUUGAAGCUAGGGAAAGGGGCUUGUGAGGGGCAAGUGUUUGUGUACAGUGGAGCACACGGCUGGGCUGUCAGCAGCGAUGGUUGGACUGAGACAGAGAGCAAGGUGUUGUGCACAGACCUGGGCUGUGGAGCCUACAUAAACCAUACAACUAUGGAGAAUGCAGAGAAUCAUGAUCUCUGGUGGGGGAAGAAGUACAGCUGUAAAGGCAAGCACAACAGCAUCUGGGACUGUGAACUAAACGACGGGCCCUCUCAAAACCAGCCGCUCUUCGUAAAGUGCCGCGGUGAGAUAGUGAUAAAAUAAUUAAAUUGUACAAGACAAGUAAUUCCAAAUACUCUCACUGAUAAUGAUGUGAUUUUUGCCACCGCAUAUCUUUAAUGGUUGAUCAUCAAAAUCCAAAAUGACAACAUUAGUCGCUGUCCUAUAGAAACAUAUACAUAAUGAGCCUUAGACCCCACGUGAUAUCCUAUGAACACAAUAUCUAUGAACACAGGGGCGAUGUCCCAAUUAUCUCCCCUUCAUUCCAAAGUACGCACUUGUUCACUCCCCUUCACUGAUUUGAAAGGAAAAGACUGAAACUCCUACCAUGGAGUAGGGAGAUAUGAUUGGGACGUACGUAAUACAUGGACACAGCCCUUAGACGUGGUAUAUUGGCCAUAUACCACAAACCCCCAAGGUGCCUUAUUGCUAUUAUAAACUGGUUACCAACACAAUUAGAGCAGCAAAAAUAAAUGUUUUGUCAUACCCGUGGUAUACGGUCUGAUAUACCACGGCUUUCAACCAAUCAGCAUUCAGGGCUCGAACCACCCAGUUUAUAAUACCAAAUAAAUGUUGUGGUAUUUAAGUUGCCAAGAUAAUUGAUGUUACUGCUGAAGGACUGAGGCGCUUAUGUAUUCUUACACCUAUGUUUCCCCAUAGAUAUUCUCACAGCAAGCCUGGGAGAUCCAGGUAAAUGCACUGGGCAGGUGAUGUUAAAUCACCUGCCAGUGUGUUAUGAUAACUGGGAUGACAGUCACUCCAAAAUAGCAUGUCAAGAGCAGGAGUGUAGCAACAGAAUCUCAUCCGAAGAAACCAACAAAGGACGUCGAUCUGAUGGAUAUUUUGUCAGCUGCAGCGGCUCAGAGUCCAAUCUUGGCCAGUGCAAAACAACGAAAGGAAAGUGUGGUAGAGGAUUGGUUUCUGUGUCGUGUGCAGGUAAGAGUUAAAUACUAACUUUGAAGACGUGUACAUGACAAGCGGUAACUAAUCGUGUGGUUAAUACAGUAGUGAUGUUUCCAUAACAGAGGUUAGCAGUGCAGUAAGUGGUGCAACUUCAUCAUUUAUUUUUCAGGUGCUGUGAAAUUCAAUUCAACUCAGAAAUGCGGAGGGAGAAUUAAGAUACUUUAUCGAGGGACCUGGGAGUCGGCAUGUCUACCGGAUUUGUUAUCAAAUGAAGCUAGAUUCCUUUGCAAGAAGCUGAACUGUGGCAGUCCUCGACGUUUCCAACAGGGUCUGAUUGAACAGUCAGAUGAGGAAAAAGGACUAAAAACACCAGAGAUAUCUCUCCAAUGCUCCUCUGACAAUACAGAUUUACAGCACUGCAUCCUCAAGGAGAAGCGUUGUGAAAAACCUGAUGUAAUAUACUGUGAAGGUACUACAAUGAUCACACCACCAUUAGUUGUUCAAAGUGCUAAUUUCCAAUGUUUCAGGUUGUAAGUAUAUAGCCUUGCUACUGUUAUUUUACCGCUGCUCUUUAAUUAUUUGUGAUUUGUGAUUUUUUUAGUUUUUACUUAUCUAUUCUUUACUUAACACUUAUUUUUCUUAAAACUGCAUUGUUGGUUAAGGGCUUGUAAGUAAGCAUUUCACUGUAAGAUCUACACCUGUUGUAUUCGGCGCAUGUGUCAAAUAACAAUUGAUUUGAUUUGAUUUGAAGUAGCUUGCGGGAGGUAACCUUGUUUUCAGAUAUGUUGCUGACUGUAGGGGUCUAUCUAGCUAUAGAAUGGCAAAGAUGUCUCUCACUCUUCAGAAUUGCUUUUGUCAUCUUAGUAAAACUCAAGACACUCUUUUCCUAAAAUCUAAGAUGGACAAAAUGUGUACGGUCUAUGUCUUAAGUUAUAAUAUUUCUCCCCAAUCACUUAAUAUGAUUUCAGGUUAUCAAGUCAAAAAGCCCAUUGAUCCGAUCCCCAUCAACUUGUAUGUUGGUCUUUCCCUCGGAGUGUUGUCUCUGGUCAUGGUCGCUGCCCUCUGUCUCUUCCUACGAAGACGCUUUGUAACCAGGUUCAAAGGUAAGUGUCAUUUCAACAGCUGAUAAUAAUACUGUAGGGAUUUACCAACUAAAGCCACUUACAGUACAAUAGCCAAAUUGAAGGACACCUUUGUAAUAAUUUGUGUAUCUGUGUAGCUCUGUCACAAUUAGGAAAUUAUCCUAAAGUGGUAUCGAUCCUAAACCAUAGAUAUAAAACCAAUCUUUGUAUCUGUGCCAUUAUAGCGUCUGUGAUGGCAUGGGCAGCGCCAUUGAGGCUAUCUCCAUUUUAAAGUAGUCAAUUUUCUUCUUCUUCAUUGGCUGAUUGAUCCCAAUUCAUAGGAAUCCCCAAACAGUUGACUACUUUAAAAUAGUGGAAGCCCUCAAUGACAAUGUCCAUGCUAAAAUGGGUUAUAUCCGUGAUGAGUCCUCUUGCGAAAGUAUUCACUCCCCUUGGCAGUUUUCAUAUUUUGUUGCCUUACAACCUGGAAUUAAAAUUGAUUUUUUUGGGGGGGGUUGUAUCAUUUGAUUUAUACAACAUGCCUACCACUUUGAAGAUGCAAAAUAUUUUUUGGGGUGAAACGAACAAGAAAUAAGACAAAAAAAACAGAACUUGAGUGUGCAUAACUAUUCACCCCCCCAAAGUCAAUACUUUGUAGAGCCACCUUUUGCAGCAAUUACAGCUGCAGGUCUCUUGGGGAAUGUCUCUAUAAGCUUGGCACAUCUAGCCACUGGGAUUUUUGCCCAUUCUUCAAGGCAAAACUGCUCCAGCUCCUUCAAGUUGGAUGGGUUCCGCUGGUGUACAGCAAUCUUUAAGUCAUACCACAGAUUCUCAAUUGGAUUGAGGUCUGGGCUUUGACUAGGCAAUUCCAAGACAUUUAAAUCUUUCCCUUUAAACCACUUCAGUGUUUCUUUAGCAGUAUGCUUAGGGUAAUUGUCCUGCUGGAAGGUGAACCUCCGUCCCAGUCUCAAAUCUCUGGAAGAUUGAAACAGGUUUCCCUCAAGAAUUUCCCUGUAUUUAUCGCCAUCCAUCAUUUCUUCAAUUCUGACCAGUUUCCCAGUCCCUGCCGAUGAAAAACAUCCCCACAGCAUAAUGCUGCCACCACCAUGCUUCACUGUGGGGAUGGUGUUCUUGGGGUGAUGAGAGGUGUUGGGUCUGCUUCAGACAUAGCAUUUUCCUUGAUGGCCAAAAAGCUCAAUUUUAGCCUCAUCUGACCAGAGUACCUUCUUCCAUAUGUUUGGGGAGUCUCCCACAUGCAUUUUGGCGAACACCAAACAUGUUUGCUUAUUUUUUUCUUUAAGCAACGGCUUUUUUCUGGCCACUCUUCCGUAAAGCCGAGCUCUGUGGAGUGUACGGCUUAAAGUGGUCCUAUGGACAGAUACUCCAAUCUCCGCUGUGGAGCUUUGUAGCUCCUUCAGGGUUAUCUUUGGUCACUUUGUUGCCUCUCUGAUUAAUGCCCUCCUUGCCUGGUCCGUGAAUUUUGGUGGGCGGCCCUCUCUUGACAGGUUUGUUGUGGUGCCAUAUUCUUUCAAUUUUUUCAUAAUGGAUUUAAUGGCGCUCUGUAGGAUGUUCAAAGUUUCAGAUUUUUUUUUAUAACCCAACCCUGAUCUGUACUUCUCCACAACUUUGUCCCUGACCUGUUUGUAGAGCUCCUUGGUCUUCAUGGUGCCGCUUGCUUGGUGGUGCCCCUUGCUUAGUGGUGUUGUAGACUCUGGGGCCUUUCAGAACAGGUGUAUAUAUACUGAGAUCAUGUGACAGAUGGUGUGACACUUAGAUUGCACACAGGUGGACUUUAUUUAACUAAUUAUGUGACUUCUGAAGGUAAUUGGUUGCACCAGAUCUUAUUUAGGGGCUUCAUAGCAAAGGGGGUGAAUACAUAUGCACUCACCACUUUUCCAUUAUUUAUUUUUAGCAUUUUUUGAAUCAAGUAAUUUUUUUCAUUUUGCUUCAGCAAUUUUGACUAUUUUGUGUAUGUCCAUGACAUGAAAUCCACAAAAAAAUCCAUUUAAAUUACAGGUUGUAAUGGAACAAAAUAGGAAAAACGCCAAGGGGGAUGAAUACUUUUGCAAGGCACUGUAUCUCUAUGUCCUAAACACAUUACAAAUGCAUUUGUACAAUUGUGCCACCACUGGAGGGCAGUCAGUGAGCACUUUAACAGCAUGUUCUACACUAGAAAUAUCAAGUGACAUUGAAUUAAAUGUUAUGGAAUAUGUGAAAACAUUUAGAUAUGUUCUUAAUAUGUAUGCUUUGGAGAGACACUGAUGUUUUGAUUAGUAUAAUAUUCUGAAUCCAGCGAGAUUCUCAAUGAGAAAAGAGUCUGCUUUUGAGAGUGGAGACUAUGAGGACGUAGAGACCAGCGAAAAUGAACAGUUUGGACCAAUGGAAAUGAGAGAUUUGAAUCGCCAUGGUGAGUUCCAUCCUUUUUUGUUAAAACAACUCCACAGCAUGACAUCCAUAAAAUCAGAAGUGUAAUUAAUAAACUAUAUAUAUACAUUACAGGUCAAACGUUUUAGAACACCUACUCAUUCCAGGGUUUUUCUUUAUUUUUACAAUUUUUUACAUUGUAGAAUAAUAGUGAAGACAACAAAACUAUGAAAUAACAGAAAUGGAAUCAUGUAGUAACCGAAAAAGUGUUAAACAAAUCAAAAUAUAUUUCAUAUUUGAGAUUCUUCAAAGUAGCCACCCUUUGCCUUGAUGAUAGCUUUGCACACUCUUGGCAUUCUCUCAACCAGCUUCACUUGGAAUGCUUUUCCAACAGUCUUGAAGGAGUUCCCACAUAUGCUGAGCACUUGUUGGCUGCUUUUCCUUCAAUCUGCAGUCCAACUCAUCCCAAACCAUCUCAAUUGGGUUGAGGUUGGGUGAUUGUGGAGGCCAGGUCAUCUGAUGCAGCACUCCAUCACUUUUUGGUAAAUAGCCCUUACACAGCCUGGAAGUGUGUUGGGAAAUUGUCCUGUUGACAAAUAAAUGAUAGUCACUCUAAGCGCAAACCAGAUGGGAUGGCGAAUCGCUGCAGAAUGCUGUGGUAGCCAUGCUGGUUAAGUGUGCCUUGAAUUCUAAAUAAAUCACAGACAGUGCCACCAGCAAAGCACCAUCACACAUCCUCCUCCAUGCUUCACGGUGGGAGCCAAACAUGCGUUCACCUACUCUGCGUCUCACAAAGACACGGCGGUUUGAACCAAAAAUCUCAAAUUGGGACUCAUCAGACCAAAGGACAGAAUUUCACUGGUCUAAUGUCCAUUGCUCGUGUUUCCAUCGGCUCAAGCAAGUCUCUUCUUAUUAUUGGUGUCCUUUGGUAGGGGUUUCUUUACAGAAAUUUGACUUGAAGGCCUGAUUCACGCAGUCUCCUCUGAACAGUUGAUGUUGAGAUGUGUCUGUUACUUGAACUCUGUGAAGCAUUUAUUUGGGCUGCAAUUUCUGAGGUGCAGUUAACUCUAAUGAACUUAUCCUCUGCAGCAGAGGUAACUCUGGGUCUUCCUUUCCUGUGGCGGUCCUCAUGACAGCCAGUUUCAUUAUAGUUCUUGAUGGUUUUUGCGACUGCCCUUGAAGAAACGUUCAAAGUUCUUGAAAUUCUCGGGAUUGACUGACCUUCACGUCUUAAAGUAAUGAUGGACUGUCAAUUCUCUUUGCUUAUUUGAGCUGUUCUUGCCAUAAUAUGGACUUGGUCAUUUACCAAAUAGGGCUAUCUUCUGUAUACCACCCCUACCUUGUCACAACACAACUGAUUGGCUCAAAUGCAAUUUCACAAAUUAACUUUUAAGAAGGCACGCCUGUUAAUUGAAAUGCAUUCCAGGUGACUACCUCAUAAAGCUGGUUGAGAGAAUGCCAAGAGUGUGCAAAGCUGUCAUCACGGCAAAGGGUGGCUAUCUGAAGAAUCUCAAAUAUAAAAUAUAUUUUGAUUUGUUUAACACUUUUUUGCUUACUACAUGAUUCCAUAUGCGUUAUUUCAUAGUUUUGAUGUAGUCAUUAUUAUUCUACAAUGUAAAAAAUAGAAAAAAUAAAGAAAAACCCUUGAAUGAGUAAGUGUGUCCAAACCUUUGACUGGUAGUAUAUAUAUAUAUAUAUAUACACUGCUCAAAAAAAUAAAGGGAACACUUAAACAACACAAUGUAACUCCAAGUCAAUCACACUUCUGUGAAAUCAAACUGUCCAAUUAGGAAGCAACACUGAUUGACAAUAAAUGUCACAUGCUGUUGUGCAAAUGGAAUAGACAACAGGUGGAAAUUAUAGGCAAUUAGCAAGACACCCCCAAUAAAGGAGUGGUUCUGCAGGUGGUGACCACAGACCACUUCUCAGUUCCUAUGCUUCCUGGCUGAUGUUUUUGUCACUUUUGAAUGCUGGCGGUGCUUUCACUCUAGUGGUAGCAUGAGACGGAGUCUACAACCCACACAAGUGGCUCAUGUAGUGCACUUCAUCCAGGAUGGCACAUCAAUGCGAGCUGUGGCAAGAAGGUUUGCUGUGUCUGUCAGCGUAGUGUCCAGAGCAUGGAGGCGCUACCAGGAGACAGGCCAGUACAUCAGGAGAGUUGGAGGAGGCCGUAGGAGGGCAACAACCCAGCAGCAGGACCGCUACCUCCGCCUUUGUGCAAGGAGGAGCAGGAGGAGCACUGCCAGAGCCCUGCAAAAUGACCUCCAGCAGGCCACAAAUGUGCAUGUGUCUGCUCAAACGGUCAGAAACAGACUCCAUGAGGGUGGUAUGAGGGCCCGACGUCCACAGGUGGGGGUUGUGCUUACAGCCCAGCACCGUGCAGGACGUUUGGCAUUUGCCAGAGAACACCAAGAUUGGCAAAUUCGCCACUGGCGCCCUGUGCUCUUCACAGAUGAAAGCAGGUUCACACUGAGCACAUGUGACAGACGAGACAGAGUCUGGAGACGCCAUGGAGAACGUUCUGCUGCCUGCAACAUCCUCCAGCAUGACCGGUUUGGCGGUGGGUCAGUCAUGGUGUGGGGUGGCAUUUCUUUGCGGGGCCUUCAUGUGCUUGCCAGAGGUAGCCUGACUGCCAUUAGGUACCGAGAUGAGAUCCUCAGACCCCUUGUGAGACCAUAUGCUGGUGCGGUUGGCCCUGGGUUCCUCCUAAUGCAAGACAAUGCUAGACCUCAUGUGGCUGGAGUGUGUCAGCAGUUCCUGCAAGAGGAAGGCAUUGAUGCGAUGGACUGGCCCGCCCGUUCCCCAGACCUGAAUCCAAUUGAGCACAUCUGGGACAUCGUGUCUCGCUCCAUCCACCAACGCCGCGUUGCACCACAGACUGUCCAGGAGUUGGCGGAUGCUUUAGUCCAGGUCUGCGAGGAGUUCCCUCAGGAGACCAUCCGCCACCUCAUCAGGAGCAUGCCCAGGCAUUGUAGGGAGGUCAUACAGGCACGUGGAGGCCACACACACUACUGAGCCUCAUUUUGACUUGUUUUAAGGACAUUACAUCAAAGUUGGAUCAGCCUGUAGUGUGGUUUUCCACUUUAAUUUUGAGGGUGACUCCAAAUCCAGACCUCCAUGGCUUGAUAAAUUUGAUUUCCAUUGAUAAUUUUUGUGUGAUUUUGUUGUCAGCACAUUCAACUAUGUAAAGAAAAAAGUAUUUAAUAAGAUUAUUUCAUUCAUUCAGAUCUAGGAUGUUUUAUUUUAGUGUUCCCUUUAUUUUUUUGAGCAGUGUAUAUAUAUAUAUAUCAACGAAAAAAUUAUAUAGUAUUUAUAUUCAGACCCCUUGACUUUUUCCACAUUUUGUUAUGUUGCAGCGUUAUUCUAAAAUGGAUUAAAUGAAAAACGUUCCUCAGCAAUCUACACACGAUACCCCAUAAUGACAAAGCAUAGAAAUGUUUGCUAAUUUAUUAAAAUUAAAAAACAGAAAUACCUUAAUUACAUAAGUAUUCAGACCCUUUGCUAUGAGACGCGAAAUUGAGCUCAGGUGCAUCCUGUUUCCAUUGAUCAUCCUUGAGAUUUUUCUACAUCUUGAUUGGAGUCCACCUGUGGUAAAUUCAGUUCACUGGACAUGAUUUAGAAAGGCACACACCCGUCUAUAUAAGGUCCCACAGCUGACAGUGCAUGCCAGAGCAUGCAAAAACCAAAAGCUCCGGGACAGGAUUGUGUCGAGGCACAGAUCUGGGGAAGGGUAUCAAAACCUUUCUGCAGCAUUGAAGAUCCCCAAGAACACCGUGGCCUCCAUCAUUCUUAAAUGGAAGAAGCUUGGAACAACCAAGAAUCUUCAUAGAGCUGGCCGCCCGGCCAAACUGAGCAAUCAGGGGAGAAGGGCCUUGGUCAGGAGGUGACCAAGAACCCGAUGGUCACACUGACAGAGCUCUAGAGUUCCACUGUGGAGAUGGGAGAACCUUCCAGAAGGACAACCAUCUCUGCAGCACUCCACCAAUCAGGCCUUUAUGCUAGAGUGGCCAGACGGAAGCCACUCCUCAGUAAAGGCACAUGACAACCCACUUGGAGUUUGCCAAAAGGCAUCUAAAGACUCAGACCAUGAGAAACAAGAUUAUCUGGUCUGAUGAAACCAAGAUUGAACUCUUUGGCCUGAAUGCCAAGCGUCACGUCUGGAGGAAACCUGGCACCAUCCCUACGGUGAAGCAAAGUGGUGGCAGCAUCAUGCUGUGGGUAUGUUUUUCAGCCACAGGGACUGGGAGACUAGCCAGGAUCGCAGGAAAGAUGAACGGAGCAAAGUACAGAGAGAUCCUUGAUGAAAACCUGCUCAGGACCUCAGACUGGGGUGAAGGUUCACCUUCCAACAGGACAAAGAUCCUAAUCACACAGCCAGGACAACGCAGGAGUGGCUUCGGGACAAGUCUCUGAAUGUCCUUGAGUGGCCCAGUCAGAGCCCGGACCUCGAACAUCUCUGGAGAGACCUUAAAGUAGCUCUGCAGUGACGCUCCCCAUCCAACUUGACAGGCUUGAGAGGAUCUGCAGAGAAGAAUGGGAGAAACUCCCCAAAUACAGGUGUGCCAAGCUUGUAGCGUCAUACCCAAGAAGACUCGAGGCUGUAAUCGCUGCCAAAGGUGCUUCAACAAAGUACUGAGUAAAGGGUCUGAAUAAUUAUGUAAAUGUAAUAUUUCAGUUUUGUAUUUUUUUAAACAUUUGCUAAAAAAAAAGAAAAAACGUUUUUGCUUUGUAAUUAUGGGGUAACAAUUUAAUCCGUUUUAUAAUAAGGCUGUAACGUAACAAAAUGUGGAAAAAAUCAAGGGGUCUGAAUACUUUCCGAAGGCACUGUAGAUGACAGAAGGGAUAACUACUUUAAUGAUAAGGGGGGGAUCACUGUAGCUGUCCUAGUAUAAUGAAGUGCCUUGUUGCUGUAUCAUCACAUCCCUCUCUGUAUUGCUGUUCCUACAGGAUCAGUGAUUGACGGAGACAAGGAGAAUGGCCGGCGAAGUGCUGCGUCAUCCCUGUCCUACGAUGACAUUGCUGAGGUGGAGAACGUCCCAGCUCAACCCUUAUCCAGUGGAGGAGAUGGAACCAGUAGUCCAGGCCCAGGGGCUGGACCUGCUGCUACCCACGGUAAUAUAAAGGCCCAGCUCAGUUAUAUACGUACGUACCUGAAUGUGUUGUGUCUUUGGUCCUGUGUGGCUCAGCCGUCAGAGAAUGGCACUUACAACGCUGAGGGUCUUGGGUUUGUUUCCCGCUGGGGCCACCCAUACGAAAAAUGUAUGCACGCAUGACUGCAAGUCGCUUCGGAUAAAAAGCGUCUGUUAAAUAGCUUAUAUUAUAUUAUUCUUUAUGUGCUGCUCUGUACUAAAUGUUUUACAGAACAUGUUACCUACGAGGUGGAGGAAGAUCAACAGGAGAGCUACGAUGAUGUGGUGUCGAUGAUCACGCCAGCUGAGACCAGAGAGGAGAUUGCAGAGGUCCAUGAGAGACCCAAGCCCAAGGGCCUGGAGAUCCAUGAUGACGAGGAUUACCUGGAGCCUGAUGGCUAGAAGUGAGCAACAUAGAGUCUUGACAUGAUCUGUUGUCAAACAGAACUAUGGGAGGGGAUUAUGGUGUUUUGAUGAUAUGGUUGAUUAUAUGGUUGAUUAUAUGGUUUAUAUUGGCUCUAUGCAUCAUUCUCAUGCAUGAUAGAAAUAACUGUUUCUACUUUAUGAAGGAAUUAGCUAGUAAUUUGUCACUUUCAUCAUGUCAUGUAAAAUUACUACUGUAUGGUUUAUUGAAUUUGACAAAAAACACAUGAUACCACAUCAAAUGUCUUCUGAAGGGUAUUAAAGACACCCAGUCUGUCUCUCAAUUUCAGUAUGUCUCAUUGGUCUUUAGGGUCCCAAAGUUGGAGGGGAAAAGCUGACUGCGUAA